CCUCCGUGGCGUGAGAACGUGGCUCUGGUUGUAACUGUGCGCUGCGGCGGAACAUCAGUGCGUGCGUGCAUGCGUGUAUUUUCCCGAGUGCUUUCGUGUCCGCACGCCUUGGCCUUCCACUUUUUUUCUCUCUUCUUUUUUUCCUCCUCGCUUCGCUUUCCCGGCCUCAUUGUUAUCGAUUUUCGCGCCGAGUGCGUGCGUGAUCCGCUAUAUACCGUUUCGCGGAACUUUAAAAACUUUCUUACGGAAACUCGCGCCGCGCGAACACUGUGUAUUCAGUUCGUUCCGUUUAUAUUUCACUUCUGUUUACCGCCGGAUAAUGCACCCCGUGAUUAUGUACCCGCCCAAGAGGUGUCGGGAAUCACCGACAACAUAAGCCCGACCUCUUAAAUCUUGUCGAAUGGCGUAGCUCACCGAGAACGACCGCAGUAAAAUACAUCGUAAGGCUGGCCAACUCGCCGAGAAUAAUCGAUUUAGUCGAAUAAGGAAAAAAUUGCAUCGACAACGCGGUCGACAGGACAGAAAAACAACGACGACGACGACGACGACAACGACGACGACGACGACGACGACGACGACGAGGAGGAGAAGAAAGAGGAGAAGGAGGAGGUAAGCGUCGUGUCGCGCGUCACGCGGCGACACAUCGCGGGGGCGACGCUUAAUCGCUCCGAGAAAGACAAAAUCAUGCGUCUCCUGACGGCGACCGGCGCCGAUACCAAUCCCGCACGCAGCACCGAGAAUGUAUUGCUGGACAGCGAUGUUGGCUCGCGCGGAUCCGAGAAGUGCAGCGGCAGCGGCAAUAGCGGAACCCGCGACGACGUCGGCUACGCCGGCGGUUACGACCGCGACCACGGCAGCAGCGACAACGGCGCCAGCGACGAUUUCUGGGCAUGUACGUCUUCUAUCCGGCGGACGAGCUCCUGCGUAUCUAUGAGAAUCCGAUUCGGGCGUCCGUGUCAUUGACUCUCAACGACGCAGCAGUGAACGCCGGUCACAAGGAGAUAAAUCAGCUACCCUAUCAGCCGCAACAGCAGCAAUCAGAACAAUAUCAGCAGCAACGAAACGUCGCCGCGGACGAUAGUCGCAAGCGCAGAAAGGAGAGAAAACGAGAGACUAGUCAGACAGCGGCCAGCAGAAGGCAAAUCGUGCGUAACGGCGGUGGCGGCGACGUCAGUAAGAAAGAAGGACGACGGAACGAGGAACAGCACGCCGGGACUAUGCAAAAUAAUCGUGCCUCCGGCUCCGAAGAGGCCGCCAACCAUGUCCUCAAGGACCUUACGCAGCCGAGUCUCAACGAGCCGCUCAAACAGCACAAUGGCGUCGCGCUUAAACUCGUGCAGACGGUCUCCGAAUUCGCCCAGGAGUUGGGCGCCGCGAUGGAGAGCCACUCGGCGAACGUGCGACGUCUGGUCGACGAGUUUCGCAGUCGAUUGGGCGAUUCAAGAAUCGAUGUCGGUGGCAUGCGGCGCGUUUGGGAGAAUUUACUGCGACAAGUCGAGGCGGACGCGGCGUCUCACCUCGACUUGGCCGCGGUUCUGCAACAACAACUGUCGAGGCCCACCUUAGAGGCGAGCUUCCAUCGUAAGCUACAAUCGAGGAAGGUAUUUGCCCAUCGCGACGCUUACGAGCAGGUAGUUAGCAAGACGGAGGAGAAGUUACAACGCGCCAGAUUGGAUUACAAGCGCACCUAUGCCGCGUUACUAACCAACGACGCCGGUAGCGGCGCCGAACAGGAAUUGAAGCGCGCUUAUUUGGAGUCGCACAACGCCUACAUUUUGCAACUACGCGCCACGAACGCUAUUACCGAGCGAUAUCAGUUCCAUUGUCUGCCGGGACUGCUCGGCGAGAUUGCGGAGGUCUACGAGGAACUUUGCGGAUUGACCUGCAAAUGCGUCGCCGGGAUUUCGGAGGCGGCCGGGGAGCGGGCCGGCGAGCAGACCAAGCGUUAUCAGGUCGUAGCCAAGGAAGCACAGGCGGUUGUACCAUCGAACGAUCUACAGACAUUAGCGCGAAAUCUGUCCGCGAACGCGACGCCACGGAAGCCGCCGCGACGCCUGUAUGUCGCGCCGGCACCACCCGAGCAGAUACCGAUGGAGAGAAUCAGUCAAAUACCCACGCUCAGAGACGAACUGGUACCUACGGGCACCAGCACACUCCCUCUCAUGGAGGAUCUUAAGCACGAAUACGACAGCCUCACCCUGGAAAUAGGUCGGCUGCAAGAUGCAUUAGACACUCUGGUGCGAAUGCAACGCAAGAGCGCCGAGAGUAAUCUUUACACGAAAGUAGCUGAGCUGCAGGAAGAUAUUUCUUUGAAGCGUUUCGACCUCGGUGUGGCGCAACUGCAUCUAGCCGCGGUGCAAGCAAAGAAGGAAUUGUUUGGGGGUGGAGAGGCCGGUCAACCGGAUGGUGUGGCCAGUCGGAAGAUGUCGAAUGGCUCGACCGGAAGUCCCAAGCUCAAAUGGUUGAAGGCGUUCAAAAGCCUGAAGACCAGCUCACCCACAACACCACCGCUAUCCGACAAAGGAAAGCAGGCGACCAUGUACCACGCAGUUUCUACCGUCGUCGCCAUGUCCAGGAAGAGCCUCGAAUCCGAGGGCGGACACACUUGGCGCGAGUACACGUACCGCAAGAUCACUCCGUGUGACGCUUGCGGCCAAGUGCUACGUGGCCACAGCCGUCAGGGUGUCCGGUGUCGAAACUGUAAAGCAAACGCGCACACAGACUGCAUCAACACGGUGGCGGUGUGCCCGAGCUUAGCGCCGAAGAAAGGCGGCGGCAUACCGCUCCUACGGCGACAAAAGACGCAAGUAGCCGACGAGGUGCCGGCAUCAUCCGAGCACAACGUGGACGCCAUAUACCAGGUGCUGAAGCAGGCAGGCGAGAUCCGUGGAAACUCGACAAACUCACCACCUACGCCUCCUACAGCAGAACAUCCCUCUUCCGGUGCAGCACCUUCGUCAGCGAGGGCCUCCUCCCAUCCCUGUUCCUCGUCCACCUCUGCACCACAUAGCCCACAACGUAGACGUGAGCGACUGAACUUGCGAAUGAAAAGCCUCAGCCUGGACUCCCCGGAAGGCACUGCGCACGUUCGACAUCGUCCGCGAGAUUACUAUGCUGCGGGACCAAGAGAGACAACACCACCCCGACAUUCUGACAGCGGCAGUAUAAACAGGCUGUCACCCUGUAGCCCGGGACAGAGUCAUGGCAUACAUAAACACGUGAGGAGUGCCAUCCGGAUGUCAAGUAUGGAGUUACCGGACGAAAACGAAAAAUCGUAUUCCUCGGCGAGCACGUCGCCGUGUCCGUCACCCCACACGAACAAUCAGAACCAACUGAAUCCAUCCGGCAAACGUGUACUGCCGCCGAACAAUCUCUACGUCGUUCUGUACAACUUUGAGGCACGACAUCCAGACGAACUGGAUCUCAAAGCCGGUUACAAAAUUACGGUGAUUGAUAAAUCGGAGAAGGAUUGGUGGAAAGGCAAGUGUCUUGGUGGUCGUGCAGGUUAUUUCCCAAGUGCAUAUGUUAUGCGAGUUGAAUCAGGUCAAAGGACUCUUCAAGUUACGCGUAACCUGCAGCUAGCUGAUCAAACCUUGCUACGAGAUCAGAUCGUAAUCCAAGUGGGCGAGGAGAUGGACGGUGUGGCGAUGGUGAGAUGCGCAGCGGACGUGCGUUCCGCUGAUCACACGGGCAAAGAGGGCGACGUUUUGUACAAGGAGAUCCUCUGUCCCCUCAAAUACCUGCAGGAGGUGUGACAGCAGCCUUAUCACCAUCAGGGUAUACGAAGUAGUAGCGCGAUCGUGAGCAACGAGCGUCGCCGGUACGCUGAUCUGCGCGAUCGCUUCU